AUGAAUGACGCAUUUAAUCGAGAAUUGGAACGGGAAAGUGAAUAUGAUCACCAGGAAUUAGAUUUAGUAGUUCAAAAGAAUGUACCCCUGUUGAAUUCCCAACAAAAGGAAGUUUAUGAUACUUCAAUGAAGGCAAUCGAUGAUGGAAUUGGUGGUUUAUAUUUCCUAGAUGCCCCUGGUGGAACAGGUAAGACAUUCCUCAUGUAG